AAUGGCUCUUCCUGCCGUUGAUCCUCUCCUGGUGCAGCCUCCAGCGCGGACCGGCUGACACGAGACCCAGCACAAUACUGACAGGAAACCGAGCCGGAUGGACUCGAGCACCCCGCCGCAAGGCUGAGUCGAGACAGGACAGGACGGGAGAACUUCGGGACGCGGUAUUUUCCAGCCAUGGAAGUGUCGGAGAAACCGGCCGAGAACGGCGAGAACUCGGGUGAUGUGGUGACGUGUCUGCAGGAAGAGCUGCAGAAGGUGCAGGCUCAGCUGGAGCACUGGCAGGGUGUGGCCACCAUCUGUGAGCUCAGCAAGGAGGAGGAGCUUAAGGAGCUGCAGAAACACUGCGACCAGGAAAUGCAGUCAUUACAAGAGGCCUUAAGAGAAACGGCCUCUCAGUACGAGGCCAGGAUCUCCAGUCUACAGAUGGAGCGGGCACAGUGGAGACGGGCCAGCUUGGGCAACGACACCAAGGGUGCAGGUGUGUGUGUGCGUGAGGGGGGUGAUGUGGAGGGGGGGGAGGUGGAACACACAGGCCUGAUGAUGGAGAGCGGCGGCUACCUGGAUGCAUCACCUGGAUCUCACCUGGAUGCCUCGUCACACCUGGACGGCUCCUCUCACCUGGACGCCUCGUCUCUGGUGUCCUUCUCCAUGGAUACGCCCUCCCUCCCCCGACGACCGCCCCAGGACGACACCGCCUCCAUCGUUUCCACGGGAACGCUGGUGCCCGAGGCCAUCUACCUGCCCCCACCUGGACACAGACUCAUCACACACUCCGACUGGGACGCACUACACACACAGGUUGCGGAGCUGCAGGGAGAGUUGACUCAGUUGCGUGAGCAGAGAAUAGAGCUGGAGAGAGAGUUGGACACACAGACAACUGAGACACAGAAACAGGUGUCAGUCCUGCAGUCUCAGGUGCAGACAUCAGAGGCCCUCCUCCAGGAGCUGCAGCAGUCUUUCAGCCAAUCACAGAGCGCCGUGCAGAGCCGCCUGGCAGAGCUGUCUGUGUCCCAGAGGAGAGUGUGUAGCGAGCUGUCCAGACUGAAAGGGGAGGAGCCAGAAGAGGAAGGGGCAGCAGAGAUGACCACAGCCCUCAGCUCCUCAAUGCAGGGGUCGCACUGUGAGGAGAGACUGCGCAUCGAGAUCGUCAACCUGAAGGAACAGCUUGAGACACGCACAGAAGAGAGUGAAGUUCUUGAGGUUCGGCUCUCCAGUCUGAAAACAGAGACGGACCGGAUCCAAACCCAGAAGGAAAAGUUGGAGUGUGAGCUGCAGGCGUGUCGCACUGAGAUUCAGGGCCUGCGGGUGGCGCUAGCUCAUCUCCAGGGAGACAAGAAGACCCUCCAGAAUGACAAGGCGUCCCUGCAGCAGCAGUGUCUGGAGCUGCGUAGUCAGGUGAUCAGCCUCCGCUCACAGAUGGACACCAGCCAGACCGUCCAGCAGGACUUCGUCCAGUUAUCCCAGUCCCUACAGGUAAAGUUGGAGUUGAUUCGUCAGGCUCAGACUCUGGACCAAGUGAAGGAGAUCUUGGGGGAGGAGCUUGGCUCAGAGGCCCCACCCAGCACGGCCACCUGAUGCUGAUUGGCUGAUUGUGACUAAGUCACAUGACCCUCUGCUGGAGGACCAAUGACGGGGCAGAUCCUGAGUCACAUGAACUUCUGCUGAAGGACCAAUGACGGGGCAGAUCCUGCAGCUUGAGACCAAAGCCCAGCUGAGACCACUCCUACUCACCAGCUUCAGUGUGUGUGUGUGUGUGUUUUAAAAAGAAUUUGUCAUGUGAUCAACUUAUCAGGGACUGUAUCUGAGUUUUUGUGUGUGUGUGUGUGUGUGUGUGUGUGUGAGAGAGUGUGUGUGUGCUUCAACCUCCAUCACCAGCCUGAUGUUAAGGCCUGUAUGUAUGGCUGUGUGUUUGUGUGUGUGUGUUUAUUUGUGUGUGUGUGUGUGUGUGUGUGUGUUUGUGUGUGUGUGUGUGUGUGUUUAUUUGUUUGUGUGUGUGCUGUAACUUCCAUCACCAGCCAGAUGUUUAACUGUUUAGUGUGUGUGUGUGUGUGUGUGUGUGUGAUCUACUCUUUUUCUGUAUUGAGGACAUUCCAGGGGUGUGGCUCAGGCAAGAGUCUCCGCCCCCUAUUCAGCUUGAUCAUGUGCAUUCAUUGUCAUACACACACACACACACACAAACACACACAAACACACACACACACACGCUGCUGACCAAAACUGUGUGUAUGUGUGAGUAUUUACAUAUUGUUCCUUGUCUGUUGUGUGUGUGUGUGUAUUGGUCUUCAUGUAUGUGUCUUUUCUUGCUCAUUUUGACAUUGUAACACUGUAAAGCUUAACCCUUGAUCUCACUCACACACAACACACACAGACACACACACACACACACACACACACACUCUCUCACACACACACACACACUUUCUCACACACACACACACACACACACACUCACGUCUUCUAAUAAUGUGCUGCGCUUGGCUUGCAGACUUAUCAGGGUAAUAAGCUCAUAUUUAAACUCCACACACACACACACACACAAACACACACACACACACACACACACACACACACACACACACACACACACACACAUACACACACACUGUUCUCAUGUGAAGGAUGCAACUGACAGGAGGCAUGAACUAUUGAGAUUCCUAUUUUUAUUAAAUCUCUUUAUGCUUUAAACACA